AUGUCACUCUACAUGUAUUCCCCAAAUCUUCCAUUCAUCUAUGAGAACCCGAAGUCAUAUUGUGAGAUGUGCAAAAUCUGCAACAAACCGUUUAACUUCACUAAUUUGGAUUUUCACUUUGAAAACGGAUGCGCAGCAAAAAUAAUGGAAAUGGAAAAGGAGAAAGAGCGACUCGCCGCAUUGUCUGGCGAGAAAUCGAAACAGGGAUUUCCUGUGAACCAUUCUGGAGCAAAGCCAUUCUAUAUUACGGUGCCUAUCCGCGCAGACGAACCGGAACCAGCAAAUAGGAAAAGAGCAUCGGCUGCACAAGACAGAAUAGUGAUUUCAAGGGAAUCGCGCAAGUUGUUGAAAUCAAAAAUUCUAAGCGCUGAGCAACCAAAGUCUUGCACUUCAAAGAAAGCUACCGCAACCAAGAGAAACAACAACAAAACUAAUACUAACGUUGUAUGUGAGUAA